AUGUCGUCGGGAAAUGCCGGUUCCGGAUUAUAUGGUGACUCCAACCCUUUUAAUGUUGUAAACUCAGAUGACGAUAUGUCCACAACAAAAUCAAUGGUGGAGAAGAUAACGAAGAAGAAGAGGCCUAUGGCAAGGGAGUCCGAGAAGGGACCAACCACAAAGAAGUCAAAAAACAACACUUCUUCCGCAGAGCAAAUUGAGGCAGCGAAACAGGGCGAGGAGACCAUUCCUCCUUUAACUAAGAAGGAGGCGCCCGUAGAGAAGAAGACUAGGCCAAGCACUCAACCUCUCCCUAUGAGCGUAGUUAUGAUGAAACAUGCCAAAAGAUCCAGUGACCUAAGGCGAGAACUGGCGGAAGCUCGAGCCGAGAGAGACCAAGCGUUAAUCGAGAAGAAGACUCUCGAGGAGAGGAACCAGCAGCUGCAAGCCAAGGAAAUAGAGCUUGCCUCGGUCCAAACUCAGCUUGGAGAAUUGAAGCUGAAACUUCAAGAAUAUUGCGACCUGCACAUCUCCAAGGAGGACCUCAAUAAAUGGUACUAUGCGUUUUGGUGGAGGAUGCUAUCAUCAGGGGGGAUGACCGUUGCUGUGGAGGAGAUUAAUACUGCUUCAAUGGUGUAUGGGGGCCAUGCAAUUGCCGUUGAGGGCUUGAAGAGACUGAAGUCAAAAGUGCUUGUUAAGGCUAAAUGGCUUAAGCAAUUUCUGAAGGAAAACCCAAAGAAGACCAUGUAUGAAGCCUUGGUCCAGGGUCUUUGUAAGCUAUCCAUGGAUCAGCUACCCCUGUGGGAGCCCGUGUGUGAAGCUCUUUCCAAGAUGAGUUCACCCGAGAAUAUUGUCUCAUUUCCUGGGGAUGUGGCUUCUAUUUUCACAAGAGGUCCGACUGAGGAGUUGGCGAUACCUGAAGUCUCCGACGGGUAUUUCGGAAUUGACCUAGAGGAAGAUGAAGAUGAGACUGCUGAGGAGGACGACACAGGCAAUUCGGGUGCCAAGGACCAAGAUCUCCCAAUCGUGGGGGAUACUAGAGGAGCCGAAGAAAGAAAUCCCCCUACCAAGGAAUCGUCUGAAAACCACCUGGGGAACGACUCUCGUUCUCAGACUGCUGUGCAACUGAUGAUCUUGGACGAAAAUCAAGCUAAAAAUUUUCUCAUGUAUGCUAUGGUUUCUACGGCGAUGAGAAAGUUGGGCAAUGUCCACAGUAAUUCUGCUGUAAGAACCCUCGAGAAAGAAAUUGUGGACGCAAUGCAAGCAUACAAUGUGCAGAUACAUUCUCGGCUGGUACAUCGGUUCAAGCAAAAAGAAGAAGAAUAUCAACGCUACCUUCAACAAUAUGACCUCGACUAUCAGGAUUCCCUAAUCCUAGAGGCAAAUGUAAGUGAAGAAAUGGCGAACUUAAGGAAAGAGAAUGCCCAAUUGAAGCAUCAUGAAGGAAUCAUGGUAUCCCCAUGGUUUCUUGAGAAGUUCCACAUCCUUUCACUUGUUGAGAAACAGAUCCGAACUAGGAUAAAACGCUUCAUUGCCGCCAUCGAGAUGCUGAAGAAAAGGACUAAAGAGGCUGAAUUUUAUUCGAGACAAUCUGUCAUCCUACUGAACAUGAUAGCCGAUCGUGAGAUCCCGCUUCCUAUUUUCGAGGACCUAGAUGAGAAAAAAGAAGCUCGAGAGAGGACGACUACCGAGGAAUUCCUUCUUAGGCUCGACGAGCAAGACUGGGAACUCGUCGACUUGAAAGACAAGUUGAGCCAGUGUUUCUACCAGCUUAGAGUGCUUGGAUUCUCAGGCGUGAUCAAGCCGUUUUAA